AUGCAUUCAAAUUACAAAUCCCCAUAUUUGGAGACAUCUUUUAAUGACUCGGAUGAGGAGCCUGAAUAUGUCUCUGAACUCACAGCCAAAGACUACGCCCAAGGCGUGAAGCAGAUCCCAGAUGUCAAAAUCUCGAAAUUCAUCUCGGAAGCCGAAUUGAACCAAGGCCUGAACAAAUGGCUUCCGAGGCCUAAUCAUCCCUGCGCUGCGAGAACAGUGCUGAGAGAUUCCGUCUUCCAGCCCAUCAGCGAGCUGCUCGUGAUGUACGGCAAAGGAGAAUGGAGCUUGAGACCUCGAAUCUUUUCCGUUCUCAGGAUUCUUGGCUGUGCAAACCUGCUCGACUGCUUUGCUCGGGAGGGUCUAAUGGACUCAGCGCUGCCCUUUACUGAUAGCACAUUGCCGGCGUUCAUCAACGGAUUUGAGAUUCGCAAAAAGUUUCUAAAGCUACAGCACGCGGUUCUAUACAAAGAAAAGGGCCUAGAGGCACUGGAAGAUGGCGGUACACACUUGCAUCUUGCGGGCAGUGGAGACGACUACUUCCGGUCCAUCAAACCGUUGGGGAUGGGUCGCUAUGGUACUGUUGACCAGGUCUUCAGCGCAAAUACUGGACGGGUCUAUGCUCGGAAGAGAAUUGUCAGGGGACACUCUCCUUUGGUCGAUGAACGUCUCUUGAAGCAAUUCGAAAGCGAAAUCCAGGCGCUAAAGCGAUUGUGGCACCCUCAUAUCGUCAAACUCAAAGGGUCUUACACGGAUCAGAGGUUCCUUGGAAUCAUCAUGAUACCAGUCGCGGAGUUGAAUCUCGAUGAGUAUUUGAAGGAAGCAAGCAUAGAUGAGAAUCUGCGGAGACGACGCUUGAGGUCAUUCUCCGGCUGCCUUGCAACAGCUCUAGCAUACCUGCAUCAGCGGAAUAUCCGCCACAACGAUAUCAAACCGCAGAACAUCCUGGUCGCAAACUCGAACAUCUACCUUUCCGACUUUGGCACUUCCAGGGCGUGGGGCACCGAGGGCCGGAGCACGACACAAGGAAAGCAUGAAGGCUACACCCCACGCUAUUCUGCACCGGAGACACAUGAAACAGGCGCUCGCAACAGCGCUGCUGAUGUUUGGUCGCUUGGCUGUGUCUUCCUGGAAAUGGCCACUGUUCUGCAAAGACAUUCCACUUCAGACAUGUGGGCAUUCUUUGAGGAUAACGGUACCAUGAGGACCGAUGCUAUCUGGGCGAACCAAGCCGCAGCUAGACUCUGGAUAUCCCAGCUGGCCGAGGACCGGGUGGACGCUGAUCCUAGCUUUUUGAAGCUGAUUUUAUACAUGCUGCAGCCUGAACCGGGAGAGCGACCUACGGCUGCUCAAGUCAGGGGCCGGCUGAUUGAUGAAUGCAACUCAAACGGCUACAUCUGCCCUUACUGCGCGUCUCCGGAUGGCCUGUCUCCGACUCAGAGUCCACUGACCCUCGAGGAAGCGAGAAAGAAGAGUCUUCACAAGGACCAGGACCUCAAGUUACCUGAUGUGGAGAACACAGACUCUGUUUCCGCAUCGACGUUGAACCUACCAGAACGUGAGGAAAAAGCCAAGCCAGUGGCCAUUGAGGACACGCCCGACACUGAGAAUCCCUCUGCAACUGGAAUCACCGCCCAAAAUACCAUCGUCCUGCCGGUGGCUACUAAAUCACUCGGACGCAAAGUGCGGUUUGCUGGUCUGCCUGAGGAGCUGCGGCCCAUGCCAACUGACCCAACACAACCAAGCCCAGAUGAAUCCGCCACUUUUGUCUGUCCGGGGCCUGUCGUUCCGCCUCCAUUCAGACAACAGGACAGUCUCCCUCUCCCAGGGGCCACUCUUGUGCCUUCCUACAUUCUCGCUGGAACAAACCACUUCACCAAGACGGAGCUGUCGGUGGCCAACCGGGCUCGCAGUGUCGAAUCAAAUCUCUUUGUAUAUGGCCGGCUCAUGUUCCCUAGCAUCCUUAAUGCCAUAGCCAUCGCAUCCACCAAGGGUGUCUACUCCCCCGAGCUGAGGCGGCGACUGCAUCCCACCACGGCUGACUGGGCGAAAGCCGACCUGUCCAUCAAGCACGCAAGCGAAGCGAUGACACCAGCUGUUCUUCGAGGGUACGACCGCUGGCGGCCUCGAGGACUCAACUGCGCCGUCAUACAGGAUGGCCGGCUGACAAGGAAGAUCCUCAGGCGUCGGGAGGACCGAGGGUAUAAGGACCUUCCUAGUGUACCUGCCGGGGAAGUUGUUGGCUUCUUGAUCCUGGGGGUCAGGUCCGAGGCCUUGCGCUUUUGCGACGCCAUCUUCGGCGGGGACAAACAGUCCCUGAGAAGCAUGAAGCCACGGGAUCAGGACUCACACUCGGACUCAGACUUUUCUGACGAUGAUGCUCUCCACCCUCAUGGUCGGGCUGGUAACAGUCGCCAUGGGAGUCGACGUCGGGAGCUGUUACAAAGACAAACAGUCGAAGUGGAAGUGGAGGCUCACGGUGGCAGCAUCGAGAAAGUCCAAGCACAAACUUACGUGUGGAGCCAUGGGGUCCACGGUCUCCACAACGUCUGGGAAGAGGAGCGGUUCCUCCGUAGCAAACACAUGCAGACGACGCUGGGACAGGCCUCGACAACCUCUCUGACAUCGUGGAUCGCUCAGGAGCAGACACUGGCGUCGAUCAUGAACAUCUCCUUCGCCCGUGUGGGGGACUACCUAUGUGGCCCGAUCCUCGCCGGCAACAUCCAAGAACUCGCGAUUCUUCUCCGGAAUGGCUUCGACGCCAACGCCAGCUGCCGUAUCUACGGACAACCUCUCAAUGCCGCAAUCGUAAAAGGCCGAGAAGAUAUGGUUCGCCUUCUGUUGGACAACGGAGCACAAGUGACCGGGGUCUCGGAUGGCGGACAGUACGGAUCGCCGCUGAUCGCCGCGGCGUACAGCGGCAGGAAGAGCAUCUCCAAGCUGCUCAUCCAGUGCGGCGCCGACAUGUACGAAGGCGACGGGGUGCACGUCAACGCGCUGUACCAGGCGGUCGCGCACGGGGACUACGCCCUGGCGGAGAUGUUCCUCGACCACGGCGCCUGGCUGUGCAGGGAGUGGCGCGAGAUCCGGGACCUGGCCGAGGAGCUGGGGGACGACGACAUGCAGUCGCUGCUCGAGGGGUACGACGUCAGGAAGAUGCACAUGAGGUACCUGCGGGAGCGGGAGCACCUGGAGGAGAACCGCGUCAGCAGGGACGAGGUCUACGACGACAGCGUCAACGUCAGGCUCCUUCCGGGGCAGCUGCGGCACAGGGCCAUCAACUGGGACGACGUCAACCUUUCCAAGGUCGGAGUCGCGGUCGUUCGGAGGAUCGCGACGGCUUCGCGCAUGUCGGGGAGCUGGAAGGGGAGGCGGGGCGUGGCGGUUGUGCUGGCCGCGUUGAAUGCUGGCGCCCCGAAAGAGAUCCUCAAGCUGCUGCGCGACGUUGUGAAUCCGCUGCGACGACUCGUGCAGAUAUUACGAGAGGCCGAGGAGAACAACGAGGAUGGUAGCGUUGGGAAGACAUCCGAUCCUUUGUCUCGUGGCGUUCAGGAGAUCAGCGCAUAA